CAGAAUUUAGACAUGGAUCGUGGUUUCUACAGAAAGGUGGAUGUUCCAGAUCACGCACACUACAUCGUGGCCUUCUUCGUGGCAAUCAUCGGAGCUGUGGGUGUCAUCGGGAACGCACUGGUUAUGUAUGCAUUCUUCUGUAACAAGAAACUACGUUCUCCACCCAACUACUUCAUUGUCAACCUUGCUGUGAGCGAUUUCCUCAUGGCCAUCACUCAGUCACCCAUCUUUUUUGUCAGUAGUUUGUAUAAGGAGUGGGUGUUUGGAAAAACAGGGUGUAAGAUCUAUGCCUUCUGUGGUGCUUUGUUUGGCAUCACUUCCAUGAUUAACCUGGUGGCCAUCUCCAUUGACCGCUACGUAGUAAUCACCAAGCCACUACAGGCAAUCAGGUGGACCUCUAAACGGCGGACACUUAUCAGCAUCCUUCUAGUGUGGGUUUACUCACUAGCCUGGAGUUCAGCACCUUUACUUGGAUGGAGCUCCUAUAUCCCAGAAGGCCUCAUGACAUCUUGCACCUGGGACUAUGUCACAGCAACUCCAGCUAACAAAAGCUACACACUCAUGCUGUGCUGCUUGGUCUUUUUUGUCCCCUUGGGCAUCAUAUCUUACUGCUAUGUCUUCAUGUUUCUAGCUAUUCGUAACACGAGCAGAGAUCUAGAGAGCAUGGGCACACAGAUGAGGAACACCACACUGGGUCAACAGCAGUCUAUAACCAGAGAGUGGAAACUGGCGAAGGUUGCCUUUGUGGUCAUUGUCGUGUAUGUGCUGUCCUGGUCACCCUACGCCUUCGUUACUCUCAUCGCCUGGGCAGGUUAUAGCAGCAUCCUGACACCGUAUUCCAAGGCAGUGCCUGCAGUCAUCGCCAAAGCUUCUGCCAUUUAUAAUCCUUUCAUCUACGCCAUAAUCCACUCCAAAUACAGGGACACUCUGGCUGAGAAGGUGCCAUGUCUGCACUUCUUGAACAAGACUCCCCGUAAGCAGUGUGUCCCCAGGUCAAACAGUGAUUUUUCAUUAAGGAAUUCAGUGCUCAGCAUGCAGUCAUCAACUUCAAGGACAAAGUUCCUCUCAGUGUCUUCAGUGUUCACUGGACACACAGUUUGUAAUGAUGUAAUGUUGGAUCCAUUGACCCAGCAGGCUCCAUUGCUCAGAAAUUUGCAGUCAUCUAACCAGCUCAUGGAAAAGGAGCAGAGGCAUCAACUUGAGCAGGAAAUCAACUUCAAGAACCACCUGGUUCAAGAGAAGCCAGCUGUCUUGGAUGGAGUCUCACUGUGCAUCUGUGACCAAGGUCUGGUGUCUGAUUCAGCAAACAUGGCCACCAUACCCCUUCUUAUGACGAGGCCAGGAGAGGAUCACAAGAAAGAUAAUGAACAGGAGGAACAGAUUGCGUCCUCUUAACAACACAAGAGCUGUUGAAGACCUUCAGGAUAAAACCUAAAAACAAAGACAUUUAUGAGAACACUGUUAUACCAGAUAUCAUCAGCAGACAGUCAGUUGUCAGGCCACUCAGGGAAAGACCUGUCUGAGAAUACAAGCUAGAGGACGGUGAAGAAAACUGCCCAGAUCGGAGAGACCAACCUGCUGCUGGAAGAGCGGAAACCACCAUGUGUUCAAUUACUCUAAUACACUCAUGCACAAUUUCUGUGGAUACCAUAUCUGUAUCAUACAUUCAUGUACACUAAUAUCCUUUUGCUGUCAGUAUUGCUACAUCCCUAGUUAUAUCCAGUGUGCUUGGUAACAUUUUGCCUCAUCUCACACCACACCUACACUACAUGGCUUUGAAUUCUGUUAAAUAGCAAUACAAUGAUGGAAAUGUCAAUCAGUUUGAACUAUGGCUAAUCUUUUUACACUGCUUUUAUUCAGCAAAAACAAAGACAUACUAUAUAUAGUAUGGCAAUAUUCUUAUUAUAUAGUAUUGGCAAUAUAUGUAUCCUCUUUUAGAGGGACUGAGAAGUUCAUAUAUAACAUAGCUUUUUUUUUUUUUAGCAUUAUCUUUUUAUGUCUUGUCUUUUGUUUUUUAUACUAAGAUCAUUUCUUUCAUUUAUUAUUUUAUUGCUCCUAAUCCAUAGUAAUCUGAAGAUGGAUCACAACGUAUCAAAGCACAAAAUCCAAAAUAUUCAGGGAGAAGAACAAUUAACUAAAACAAUUAAAUUGAUUUUAUUCCUACUUUGUUUUGUUUUUGUCGGGUUGUAUAUGACGGGUUGUAUAUAUAAAAACAAUUUGGUUAUAACACAAUGCAAAGAAACAAGCCACCAUUUUUUUUUUAGUUUUGAAGCAAGUGCAUUUUAUAAAUAUAGUAAAAGAAGCUUGAUGAAGAAAGACUUUUUCCUAUUUCUAACAAAAACCAAAAACUUCUAUUUCUCUAUGAGCUAAGAAAGGCCUGUUACCCAAUCAAAUGGCAGCCCUACAAUGUCCAUGCAGCUAUAGUGUGACAAUUAUCUGUUAUUUUAUAUUUAAAGCCAUAGUUACAAAGGAGCUGAUAAAAUGUUGGAAUACAGUAUGUCACGUGUAUAUCAUAUAUACAGUGUAUAUCAGAUCAGUUUCUGAAUACUCUCAAGCUAGAAUAUCUCAGUCGAACAUCAAACAACUGAUAUACAUAUAAAACUCAGAUAACUGGGACUGAGAUGACCGGCCAAAUUCUGGCACCUUUGUCUCUGGCAGUCUCCCUCGUUCUCUUCUGGGAGCAAGAAAGAGACACUGAAAGACAAGAAAUAAGUUCAGGGGUGUAACAAUACGGCGUUUUUACACUAAACACACUUUUCUUGACACUCUUAUGAUGACACCUGUAUGAUGUUUGUAAUAUAUGUGACUGUGUGUAAAUUGAUCACAGAGUGCCGUUUAUACAGUAUGCAAUACUGCAAUUUUGUGUGUGUGUGUGUGUGUGUGUGUGUUCUGAUAAACCAGCAUGCAAUAUUUUUCAGAGACUGUUUUGUGACAUGUUCAAAUUGCUUUUUCACCAUUUGUACUCCUGCAGAUUUUAGUUUAAAGGUCCAGUCAGUUUAUACAGAAGUAUUUUAUAAUACAUUCCAAAAUGUGAAUACAAUAUUUCUGUUUUUUGUAUGCACCAAGAAUCACUCAAGCAACCAUACAAUGAUUGCUCUCACUUCACAUUACAUUAUGAACAUGAGCAUUAAUAUAAUGUACCUUAAUCUUGAGGUUCAUGUUAUCUAAUGUGUUACAUAAUGUCAUUUCCAUUAUUUAUUGAGUUUCUCCUGAUUCUUUUGCUUUCUGGUUCGAUUGAUCAGGGAGCACUGUAUAAGCUAGGUUAGACAAUAUGUUACCCAUAUCAGUGUAUGCUGGACUGUAGGACUUUCUUGCUUUCAUGCUUUAUAGGUGAACAGGUGUGAAAUACUGCUACUUUAGAAAUGAAGGCAUAAUAAACUAUAAGAGUUUGUGGACACCUGACCACCACAUCCAUAUGUGCUUGUUGAGCAUCCCAGGUAUAACCAAUAAAAUAGAAAAUGUUUUUUAUGUAUAACAUCAUUUACUGGAGAACAUCCAGGAUUUUCAUAAAGAUAUUGUAGAUGUUACACAGUAGAACUCCUGUGGGUGCUUGUGAUUAGCGUUUCGGAGAAUCAUCACAGCUUCAU